AUGGUGGCGUCAAGAGAGACUCGACCGGUUUCUGAUCGAGUACGGAUGCUGUCUAGAGUCAAGAGUUGGCUAAGCGAGAGCAAAAAGGCUGCAAUCUGUCUCACAAUUGUUAUGUUGUUAGAGCAAGCUGCUCUUGCCCUAGUCAAGUCAACUUUCCACACUUUUACUCCUAGCUACACCAAACUACGGAGUUCGUCAGUGAUAGUUGUUUCUUCAGUCUUUUCUGGAACCUACAGCGUUCUAUCACCUCUAUUUGGAUGGAUGGCCGAUCGAAGAUUUGGCUAUUACACUAUCCUCGUAUCAGCGCUACUGCUCUACACAUUGAGCUCUAUUCCUCUGUGUUAUGCAAUAGGGAGCGUUUUGGCGUAUGAUGAAAGUGAUGACACUGACGUCUCUUCUCGGAAGGCCGCUUACAGUAUUGGUAUAGUUGGCACUGCUUUCGGUGCAGCAGCAACAAGGGCCACUCUGAUUCCUUAUACACUCGAGCAGUUCAGUGACGGGACUGAAUCUCACAGCACAAUAUCAAAUCUGGUGACCAUCAGUUACCUGUCGGCGAUGAUAGGUGAACUGCUGGCAUUGAUCAUCGAUAUCGGAUUGGUGUAUAGCAACCUACCAAAUUACAAGUUUUGCAUUUACUUCCUUAUUCCCGUGUCGUUUUCGUUUGCACUCUUCCUACUGAUCAUUUGGAGAAGGAACUUGAGGACCCAUGCAAAACUCGACUACUCACCUAGCGUUUGUAACAUUAUAGCAACGGGAUGUGGUUGCUACAUAUCAUCAGACCCACCAUACUACGACAGACGAGAGCUGCCAAUCAAAAACGAGGAAGAAAAACAAUGUGAUCGAAGAGAUGAGCAUAGACAACGUCUGGGUGUUAUUAUCCCUAUUCUGUUCAGUCUCAUUCCAUUUUUUGCAGUAUACACGCAAAUCAGACAAACAUUUGUUGCUCAAGCUUCUCACAUGGACAUCGCCCAAGAUAGUCGACGUCAGAGGUGGGAUAAACAAGAUCAAAACAUCACAUCUCAGUAUUGCAAAGCCAACACAAUAUCUCGAAUCGUCGUUCCAGCAGAAGUCGUUCAUGUUGGCUGUAUUGCUUCAAUUGUCAUCAUGAUACCGAUAGCGACGUGUAUUGUGCCCAAGCUGUAUGUGAGAUGGUUGAAUCGAGCGCCCGCUAUGCUGGAGCGCAUUUGUAUAGGACUACUGUUAUGUACACUCUCGUGUGUGUUUGCUACCAUUACUGAAGUUAUCCGCAUCAAUGCAGGAGAGAUGCAUCAUAUCUGUGUUAGCAUACCAAUGCACUGUUGUCGGUCUCAACUCAUCAUCUAUUCUUCCGUGUCUGUCCUUGUUCAAAUUCCACAACACUUGUCGUUGGGUCUCGGCAGUGCACUGAUUGCUAUUUCGGUGCGUGAAUUCACGUUGUCUCGAGCACCUUGUGAAUUCCGCUGCACGGCAUACAGCGCCACAUUCUUCAUCAAAGGUCUAGGCACUUUUGCAGGUUUGCUUAUAAUUGUGGUUAUAAAAAAAGCUCACUGUUACUACGAUCAGCCCAUCGAUCCCUUGAGAGUACACGAGAACAUCACCCGACUGCUUCACAACGAAUCCGAGUCCAAGGCUUGGGUGUGCUAUACUGUGCUAACAAUAAUCAUGAUUGUGAGCGUGAGUAUAUUCCUCUGGGUCAAGUACAGACACAAGGAUGUGUCUCGGAAGGAAAGAGACCACAUCUACAAACAGAGCUGUUAGUAACUAUCCUCAAAAGACUGAUUGAAAUUGGCUUUGAGCAGACUACAAAUCUUGUGGAAAACAAGUACAUGUACGUAGACUUGUCAUUGUACCGACUUCGUUUGUACACGCUUGCAGUUAUUUGA